CUCAUUGUCAUCCUCCUCUACAAGAGUAAUGGCACUACACGACGCCCUCCCAUCAUGUUGAACCCAUUAGCUGAGCAUAAGCAGCGACGAAGAAGUGGAAGCAAACAUCGAAUCAGUCCAGCAUGAGCAAGCUAUCUAUGAGCGCUGAGAUAGCUGCGACGGUGUUGUCCCCUUCUUGGGUUACUCGAGGAAUGCCACUAAAUCCUGCCUGAUGGGAAAUGGUGAACUACGUUCCUACUCAACUCAAAAUCAACCAUCAAAGUCUCUCCAACUCUCCUGGUUUCGUUCCAUGGCUCCCUCAUUGGCACAAGUUCAUGAUCGGCGGGUUAUUUUCACAGACAUUGCCACCCGCAAGCUCCUUCGAGAUGUCGAUUUGAAAGUCAAGAUAUGUGAUUUUACGGAGUCCAUGCUACCGCCUCUUGACACCUGUAUGGAGACGGCUGACUGGGCAGGGUAUUCCAUAGAUACAGAUAUUGGCCAGUUGGGAGCUGUGAUAUAUGAAGUGGUGGUCGGAGAGAAAUCCGAGUUUGAUAACCAUAUUUAAGGAUCUUCCGUUGGAGCUUAGCAGUGGUAGGGGUCACAAAGGGAGGCCCUUACCAGCACUGAGACUCACUGGCUUGGUCCAAUUAUUGAACGAUGUUGGACGAAGGGUGCAUUCGCCAGUGCGCACGACUUAUGGGAAGAAUUGGAUUUCGUGGAUAUGGAGAACGACCAAGGCAGGCAACGUGGAUUUUCCAGAAGCUUGAUGUCGCUCUUGCAUUCUGUUGAUUUGUUCCACUGAUUGGGGAUCGCGCGCCCUGCAAUCACGCUGGGGUUGGCAAUAGGUGCUGUAGCAGGUUAUAUUGGGUGUCGGGAACGUAACUGAACUUAGUCUAGUCAAAAUGUACUUGGGAUACUAUCUUUAUCUCAGGCUUCCAGCUGCUCUAAUUGCUAUUGUCUAGUUAUCUUUGCGAUGUCUCAAAGCC